UGCGCGCGCAUUUUUUUCCCUCCACUGCCCUCGCAACACAGGAAGGGUGCGGUCGUGUUCGGCGCUGGUUACUCGGACCACGGACACACACGGCCCACGCGCCCGCGAGUGAUCUCCGACUCCCACAAUCCCCCGCGUCCUCGCACGCCGCGAAGAGGCAAAGCAGGUCGCGUACACGCACGGCAGGGGCCCCACCUGCUGCCGAGAGCAACAGCUUCCGUUCGACAACUUCAACGGGAGCGGCGGGCAAGCGGCGACCAUGCCUCCGGCCGCCGUGGUCUUCAACUCGCAGGCGGUGACGUCCCGCCUGGGCGUCGUGCGCGUGCUCCAGGUCGCCUUCACCUGCGUCGCAUUCAGCCUCGUGGCGCACAGCGGAGGCAAGGCGCACUCGUACGGCGACUUCUGCAUGUUCGCCUGGUGCGCUUGCUUCGCCUGCUCGCUCCUCAUGCUCCUCCUCGAGCUGCUGGGCCAGCGAGGCUGCGCGCAGAUCUCCUGGCAGAACCUGACGGUCACGUACGCCAUGCUGGCCGCGCUGCUGCUGCUGUCCGCCUCCGUGCUGCAUCCCGUCUACCGGCUGCGCGAGAUCUCGUGCAGCAACUGCGAGCAGCGCACCUUCACCAUCGUGGCGACCGUCUUCUCGUGCCUCGCCUUCCUCGCCUACGCCGCAGAGGUGGCGCUGACGCGGGCACGGCCCGGGGAGGUCACCGGCUACAUGGCCAGCGUGCCCGGCUUGCUCAAGGUGCUGGAGGCGUUCGUGGCGUGCCUCAUCUUCGUGGUGCUGGCAGAUCGUCCGGGGCUGUACUCGCGCUACCCGGCGCUGCAGUGGUGCCUGGCCGUGUACUGCGUCUGCUUCGUGCUGGUGGCGGUCAUCAUCCUGCUCACCGUGUGCCAGAGCACGGGCCGACUCUGCCUGCCCUUCGACCGCUUCCUGGCCCUGUGCGGCCUAGUGGCCGUGCUUGCCUACGUGACGGCCGCGGUGCUGUGGCCCGUCUACUGCUUCUCCGACAAGUACGGCGAACCCCGGCGCUCCUCGUCCUAUUGCCGCGACGUCGGCAGCUGCGACUGGGACAUGCAGCUGGCCGUCACCGUGUUCACCUACAUCAACCUGCUGGCCUACGUGGCCGACAUGGUGUACUCGAGCCGCCUGGUCAUCAUCAGCCGCACGCUGUAGCGUCUCGGCGGGCCGCGGGACGGGCCGGGCCCAUGGGGACUGGCUGCUUUCCGUGUCACGUGAUGCUUGUAGAGAUCCGCUAGCUAUAGGGGUGAGCGUUCACUCGCUUGGAAAUCUGUUGGUGAAUGGUUACCCCGAUGACUAACGGAUCUCCAUGACGGUCAGUGGUCGCCCCGUUAACUCGGCGGCGGUGACGGGGGGGGGUGACGGAUGCCCGUCGUGUAUUUUUGUGUGCGAGGUCUGGAUGCCUAGAGAUUGUUUUAACGUGUGGUGAGGGCGGCGCACACAACGCCUUGACUUGUGUGUUACCACUGCCUCCCCACCCGCACAGUCGCUAGAGAUCUCUCUCUCUCUCUCUCCUCAGUUGUGCUGUAGCAGGUCUUCACGUCAGUCUCCUGUGUAAAGUCUGUCUCGGUUAAUUUUGGGGAGCGGGAGUCGGGUUAAAAUGAAGAGGCUAAGCUCGUCAAGCAAACUGCGCUUGGCAGCGUAAGAAACGGCAUUCGGUUGGCUUCACCGGUUUGCCACUGGCAAACCUCUCUGUUUCAUGAUUGGCUGUCAAAAUAUCCAGAAACUCUAGGGUUGGAGAAAAGCGUCACUUUGGUGAGAUAUUUCCUGACCCACCAUUAGAAUGCAACAAGACAAAGACAAAGCUUUCCCCCCGUAUAGCCUCGAGACUUUUGGGGCAAGUGCUGCUAGCGAGCAGCACCUAUGAAGGCCGGCACAGCACACGAGGGGGUGGGUGGCCAGCACCACGCCCAGCCGCCUUUGUCUCGCUAGUGGAAUUUUUUUAAAGCACCCCGGGACUCAUUUGAAGCUGAGUCGACCUAGGGGAGGCCCCAGGACCGGUUCGGAUAAUCUUCACUGGUGUUGGCCGUGAGCGGGAUUCGAACUCGGGUCGCCGGGUUCAUAGAGCAGUGUGCUUCCCCCUACUGAUCCCAACAAUACACACACACGCCAUACAGUGCGUGUAUUGCGGGUGUGAGAAUUGAUUUCAAUCGGUGCGUAGUUUAAGCAAGCCCAGGGCCACAGCUAUAAAAGAAAAUACAGUUAUAGAGGCCGGCUUAACAGAUAUCUAUGCCAGUGUAAAAUGGUCACUUAAGCCAUAAUUAUUAACGCUUGGUGAAUUUUUUACGACAUCGUUAUGACAUUCUACUGCCACGGUCGUGUUGCGGGUUCACAGACUGUAUUUGCAAUCCAGAAGGUCGCAGGUUUCGACUCCCCCUCUCCCGGCACGACCGCUGAAACGACGGAGCAAGUUCCUCGAAUCUGCAAACCCGCCGCCGCCACAUCCCUGUUCCACCCAUCAACAUAAAAUUGGCGCGCCACCACAGUUGAGUAAACGCAACUGUGGCUGUCGCCUGAUGUUGUGACUGCUGGCGAAACGUCGUACCCGAAUUGUAAGUGUGUGUUUACUCUCCAACACACACCGGUGGUGCUGUGCUCGUGACGAAUUGGCACGUUUAGUUUGCGUGACACAAACCCUUACUAGUUGGCAGCGUAGGGUGGUGGCGGGUUUAACGAAACGUUUAUAUAUUUACUUGAUCUGACCCCAAAACAACGACCUGUAUUAUGGACCCUAACUGCACUCGGCUAUUUACACACACCGUGCCUCCCAACAGCAGCAGCAGCAACAUCAAUUACUGCGAAUAAAGCAAAACUUCAUAUCAAACGUGGCAUCUCUGAAGCCACUUGGGUGGCGGGAGGGGGGGGAGUUGGAGUGUUGGUGGGUCAGUGGGGAUGCUCGCUCAUCCGCUCGCCCACCAUCUCUCCCACUUGGGCUCGUUAUGAUAUUUUUUUUGUCUUCUAUUCACAAAAACAACCUCUUAUGGAUAAACUCGUCACUUACCGAGGCUCCCACAAGGCCGUGCGGGUGGGCGUGUUGUGCGGUUUGGUGCCCGCUAUCGUAAGAGGGCGGUGGUCGUGUGGCUACAGUUCGGGGCGGCGAGCAACGACGUCUUUGAAGUCAACGGCGCUGCUGCUGCUGUUGCUGCUACGCCUCUCUGAAUCAAAAAUUUACACGGAAACCGCGUACGUUUUUCCGAGCUUCGGCGAUGAACGGGACAACGACCCUGCAGCUUGCAGAGGUCUCGGAAUGCGAAAGGGUUACAUUUACUCACCCGCUGAAUCACUCUUGCCAAAGAAGUUUUCUUUUCGCUGUCUUUUUUUCCGUGCUUUUUUUUUACUACCAUUUUGUCAAAAAAUGUUUGUACUCGCUCCUGUUGAUGCACUGGAAGAAGUAGUUAGUUGUAGUCUUGAACCAUCCGAGCAGACCUGCGCCCGCCGCUGCUUGUCGCCGUCGCACCGUUGUGCAGUCAGCAGGUUUGCUCGUGCAAGUGAGCGGCAGUAGUUUACUCCAGCACAAAGUAUUGGGAGCAACGGACAACAACAGAAUCUCCCUCUCGCCCGAAAAGUAAAAUUAUAAAGGAUGAAUUUUAUCCAUCGACCGGUCCGGUCUUCCGGAACCAACGCUUUUCGUCUUCUUGUAAUUGUUCCCAGUUUUAUUCCAAUCGCGCUCUCUCUCGGCCACGUACGGGAUGUUGAACUUCUUUCGUGCCGUACGUAGCCGACCCUGCUCAUCGGAGGUACGGGGGAAGGACAAGAAACUCUGGGUCGCUGUGCGAGUCUGUGUGUGUGUUAAAACUUGUUUGGCAUCGUACGUAGCCGACCAUCAAACUAAACACAAAAAGCAGUUCUAGAGAAAUGAGACUGUCAAUCUGGAUGAUGAUUUAAAAGUGUGCGUAGCUCCCGUGGUUUCCUAAUAUCGGAAGGGAAGAGCGUUCCAGACGGCCGCGGAAGCGCAUCUGAAAGCGCCGCGCGACGAUGCGGUGACCACCGCCUUUGUUCGAUGUCCAUCCAACCCUGCGUGCCGUGAGGAGGAGUGGAGUUCAGUCCACGUGAUGGCUGCCAUCACAAGGACUCGAGCCCAGGUACUCGGUGAGUCUCGGCUCGACUCUCUUGACCCCUGACCCACACAACCGCCUUUUAAACGUGUAUCUUAUACGAGGAGACCGAAUGAUCACGUCUGCUUAGAUACGUUUUCUCGCAGCGCAUCACUUAGUUUCGCAGGAUAUUCGAAAGCUGCUGCUCGCUCACUCUCCCCGAUGCUUUUUCGGGUUGCACCGCUGCGGGGAGCUGCUUUGGGGAUUUAUUUAUCGAAAUGAGGCUCCCCCUGGCACGUGCAGAGAAACGUCAAGGACACGAGGCCAGACAAGCGCGCCGUUUACAGCCAGAAAAUAAAUGGCCCGCGGUGUUUUCGGGUGAAGUUCAGGGAAGGUCUAAGUCACAGUCGUUGCCUUUAAAACACUGGAUCACAGCCGUGGGCAACCAAGAACAAACCAAAAACAACGAAUGUGGGACUCCACAACAACAACAACCGCCACUAAGUGGCGGUGACGUCACCAUACCCGUACCCGGCCGCACCAGGGUCGCAAACGGGUACCCGUACCCUACCCGAUCGGGUACCCUACCCGUACCCGGCCGGGAACGGGUAGGGUACCCGAUUGCGACCUCUGGGAUGAAGCCAUGUUGCAGGCGUGGGUGGGUUGAUUCUAGGAACUUGAAUUGUGAGAAGAGACAAGAUAUUGGGAAAUGAGUGACAAAUAGUUACUCACCAGUGACUCACGGCCUACCCGUACCCGUACCUGGCCGCACUAGGGUCGCAGCCGGGUAUCGGGUAGGGUACGGGUAUCGGGUACCCGGUUGUGACCUCGAGUCUCCUGACGGUGAAACGUCGAGGAACAAAAGGCGGGGGUGGUGCGGGAGAGCCGUCCUCCGUUCUUGCGAUGUGGCCGCGCGGGCGGGACAACGUCUUGAACGGGAUGAUGUCAUCGACGGGGGGAUAAGACCGAUCCUCGACGAGACUUGGGUAUCACGAUCAUCGCGGUCAUCGCAGUCAUCGCGGUCAUCGCGAUCAUUACCAUCGGGCUCCAAGAGGCUCGCGGACGACGCCCGCGUGCGUACGGAAGGGGCCGCGCAUCCUGUUUGGAGCCUCGACUUGCAGGAGAAUCCCAAGUCUCGUCGCAUGACUGACGGACUGACGUGGCCCGGCAUCAUUUGACACGUGGGAGCUUUGACCGACAAGAGGGCAGGCUCGAGAGGGCUGGGGUCACGUGCACUGGGAACUGGGACACCCGGCAAUCAGCUUGGCAGUCCACGUCGUUCCGUUUGUCUGACCGGAAUAGCGUAGAGGUUGUGUACGUUGCGAGAAUCGCGUUUCGUGUUCAUGGUCCGUGCAUCUGUAAAGGACAUCGAAGACGAUCACGUGAUACAGAUCGGCCUAUUACCCGCUCGGUAAUUGCUCUUCUAGGGCGAUCCUGAUUUGAUUCUGGCGGAACAGCCACUGACGAUUGAUGGUCUGGCCAGCUAAGCGUGGGUUUGGCUUGGGGAUGAUUCAAAUGGGAUUUGUUUUCGUGGAGGGAGUUGUUGGUUUGUGUUGCGAUAGAGGAUAGAAGGUUCUGGAGCGGUCGGUGGGGAUAGCCCCUGCCUGGAGACUGCCGAUGGUGUAAGCGCCAGAGGUCGCAAACGGGUUUUGAUUCCUUACCUGUACCCGUACCCGGCCGCACCAGGGUCGCAAACGGCUACCCGUACGCUACCGGUACCCUACCCGAAAUGAGUGACAAACGGUUACUCACCGGUGACUCACGGCCUACCCGUACCCGGCCGGGUACGGGUAGCCGGGUAUCGUGUAGGGUACGGGUAUCGGGUACCCGGUUGUGACCUCUGGUAAGCGCCUCGAAGUCCUGCGAAUGAAGGCGACGUUUAGGGAACGGCACGUGUGCUGGGCUCUUCCACACACACACCGCGGAGCGGCUGAAAAGGCCCACCCACACUGGUCCAAAUACAUUUUUAAAACAACUGACUGUGAAUUCAAAGCCGUCGGGUGUCUGUGGUUGUUGUUGUUGUUGAUGUAGCGUAACGACGCAUGACGUUGCUGGAUGUUUCAAUAAACAUUUCUGUUUACGA